AUGUCUCGACGAACGCGAUCCACAACUGCCACCCUGUCUAAGCUGACGGAGCCCGCCACGAAGAAGGCCACCCUGGGCUCACGCGCGGCUAAGAUCGCCGCAGCGCCUCAGUCUCCACCGAUCCGCCUCUUCGACACCGCCGUCGCGUGGGAAACAUGGCUCGCCGCGAACCCGCAGGACCUCACUGGCGUCUGGCUGCAGAUUGCCAAGAAGGCGGCCUCCAAGCCGACCGUCACGUAUGAUCAGGCUCUCGACACCGCCUUGUGUUACGGCUGGAUCGAUGGCCAGCGCAAGACCCACGACGCUGAGCACUUCCUCCAGCGCUUCACCCCGCGUCGAAAGAACAGCAUGUGGUCCAAGCGCAACGUCGAUAAGGUGGCCGUCCUCAUCCAGGAGGGCCGAAUGCGGGCGCCGGGGCAGGCUGAGAUAGACGCCGCAAAAGCAGAUGGGCGGUGGGAGCGCGCCUACGCCGGGCCGAGCAGCAUGCAGGUGCCAGCGGACUUCCAAGCGGCGCUGCUCAAGAACAGUUCAGCGAAAUCGUUCUUUGAGGCACUGAACAAAACGCAGCGGUAUCAAUUUCUCUGGCGCAUCGAAACUACGAGGAGGCCAGAGACGAGACGGCGUAAAAUUGACGAAUACGUCACGCUGCUGGCUGAUCACAAGCUUUUAUGA